UGGGAAGUCACUGCUAAUGGUGAAGUUGACGUAGACGACCACAGCAAAGAAGAUUUAGAUGUAAGCAAUCUUUUUAGUAUAGUUAUUGCUUUUUAUUUUAUUUUGCGUUCUUUAUUUUGUUUAUGUGUUAGUUGCUGAUUUCCCAUCUCCUGUUUGACUUUUUACCGGAAAACGUCACUUCAUUUGCGGAGCACGGAGGGAAUUGCACAAAUAUUAAAUAUGCGUUAUUGACCAAACGGCAGAUGGCUGGAUGUUGGCCAAGAAUUUUGUGUUUUGAUUAACCAAGACGAAGUCGUGGUCAUAAAAUACGCAGAAAACCUUGGCCAAUAUACAGCAUCUUGUCCGAACAAGCUUUAUCGAAAAAAGGAAUUAUUAUAUGGCCAAAAAAAUAACUUUCUCUUGCGGGGCCAAAGCGAGAAAUCCCGAGCGGGCAACACGGGCCUAUCUUAUCCACUCGGGUAGCCAAUCAGAACGCAGGAUUCGCUUUAGUUUCCCGCUCACAGACUCAACCACACAAUAGUAGGUGCCGAGAUUACUUUCUGCGGUACUGUAUUUAUUUGUAUGUACGUAAAGAACUUUAAUGAGCAAAGUUACGGUCACUUGUUUACUUACAAACUGAAUAACAAAUGAUGCUUGACAAAUAUUUAAACUUGCUCGACGUGCCAAUCCGGCACAAUUAAAAAAAUAUGAUCAGAACAACAAGCAAAUCACAAAAUCAGGCAAUGUUUACGAGGGAAAUGUCGAGUAUUUUCUCUUCCCCUACUCCAAAUUCACUUAUCAUUUAAAUAAGUGAAAUAAUAUUGUGUUGUCGUUAACACUGUAUCUUUUAUUGCCCUUUUUCACUGUUCAAAGUUUGCUCGAUGAAUCCAUCAACAAACGGUCAACAAUAGCUCUCAUUCACCAGGAGUAAAAUUGAGACAAAUAUUUGAAUUUUGAAUUUGAAAAGCAAGCAGACAAUAGUGUUUCCCCUCUAUGGGUAUUCCUAGCGUGCUAAUGUGCGGGUCUUUAUGAAUAAUAAAGACUUUUUUGACGAAGAAUCAUCACUCUUCUUGUUCGAAGCAAUGUUUUCAUAGUCAAAAUAAUAUAAUGGCUGCCCUCUAGAAAAUUAAAAGCGAUAACAGACGAUUUUCUUGUAACCUGUUUUCACUUAAUUGCUAUGGAAAAAAACGUCGAAUUUUGGAAAUAAUUACUGUCCCGUCCCUGAUUUGUGAUAUAGUGGAGGCUAAAUAAAACAAUAAUUUACUAGCGCAACCUCAGAGUGUUUCUUCUCCUAUUGCUGACUCGACCCAUUUUUUGUAAAUGAAAAAACAAAAUAUAAGAAUUUUCUUUUGACUAAUUCAGAGAACGGAUACCUUUCUAUUGAAAAACAAACGUACUAUACUUUAAAUUUGGAAUUAAACAUUAAAAUUUCCUUUUGUUUAUCAUUUUUUUAUGUUACCACAUAUCGUAUGCAUAUCUACCGAUAUGUAUAUAUUUUAGACAGUGGUUUACGUUCAAAGUUUAGAGCCUUCGUAAUUUUAUUCACUCCAAUCUUGGUUUUCCAGUAGAGUAGUUAGUUAGUUUGUCCGUUCGUUCUUUUAGUCAAAGUUAUUGGCCAUUAAAACUAUUUCCAGCAAGAUCUCCGCUGCCCCACAAAUGACGAUUUAAAGGUAACACAUCGCCAAAGUGCAGGUUGUUCAUCUACCGUUGCUGCUCGAAUUGAAAUUUGUAAAUGUUGGGUUUUAAGGGAGAGGAGAAAAACCAGAGUCCCCGGAGAAAAACCUCUCGGAGCAAAGGAGAGAACCAACAACAAACUCAACCCACUUAUGGCGCCGACGUCGGGAUUUAAACCCAGGCCAUAUUGGUGGGAAGCGACUGCUCUCUUCACUGCGCCACCAUAGCUCCGAGCCCUACAUACCAUGCUAUUUUUUUGUUCUAAGCGCUCUUUCCUUCCUCUUCCUUCCUCAAAGAGAAAAUCAAGCGGCAAUAUAUGUUUAUGACGCAAUGACCCUAUUCAAUUUCUCGCCCUGGUAGGGGGUUGGUAACUCUCAGUGACCAAUCUUGAGCAGUCAAAUACAAGCUUUCCACUUGUAGCAAUCUCGUGACUUUUUUAAUGGAGGUGGAACAAUCAUCCGAGGUUCUAAGACUGGAAACUAAGUAGAGCUUCAAAGACAUGCAGGCCUAAUUUAUAAUGAAGUUAACUAAAAUAAUUAUUAAACACAGUUAACAACAAGGAGCGCGGGCGUGGUCAUCGGUCAGUCGUUUGGCUCAUCACCUCUAUGUGCUCAGUACAGCAUUUUCCUAGCGGUGACUCUCUUCGUUUAGCCUUCUUUUAGUUGUUUUUAAAAGCUUUUUACUAAGGCUGGGAUUAAAAAGAGCGAGAUAACGGUUUCAGGUCUUUUAGUCAAACCCUAAAACCGUGACAUCUAGACAUUGUUACAUUAAGAAUUUCAUUUAUCGACCAUAUAUUGUCUCCUUCGCCCGCCAAAAAGAUUAAGCUCACUGAUUAUCACUUACAAUAUUUUGAGGUAUUAUUUUUCUGCCUGUAGAUCUUACCAGUAAUGGAGUGGGAACAUCGUUUUCAAACAUUUUUUGAGCCAUUCCGGAUAAAAACGGUUGAGAAAAUCAAGCGCACAACCAGAGCUCAAAGAAUUCAACGACUUCAAGAAGCGAACUACAAUCCAUUCUUGUUGAAUUCGGAAGAUAUAACCAUUGACUUGCUAACAGAUUCGGGGACUGGUGCAAUGAGUGCUGACCAAUGGGCUGUCAUAAUGAAAGGCGAUGAAUCGUACGCUGGUUCUUUGAGCUACCGGAAGUUUGAGCAAGUUGUCAAAGACAUUUGUGGCUUCCGGCACGUGAUUCCCACGCACCAAGGCCGGGCUGCUGAGCGCAUUUUGUUUCAGUGCAGUGUUGAGAAAGGUGACGUGGUGCCCAGCAACGCGCAUUUUGACACCACACAGGCUAAUGUUCUAAAACAUGGAGGCAAGCCUGUGAAUCUUCCAAUUCCCGAGGCAAUGGAACAAAACAAGAAGGCUCUUUUUAAGGGGAACAUCGACCUUAGCAAACUGAAAGAGUUGUUGUCAGAGGAACAGAAAGGUAGGGUCUCUAUGGUGAUGAUCACUGUAACUAACAACGCUGUUGGUGGAGAACCAGUCAGUAUGGAGAAUAUCAAACUGGUUUCCAAGCUCUGUCAACAACAUGGAGUCCCAUUCUUCCUGGACGCGUGCCGUUUCGCGGAGAACGCGUGGUUUAUUAAAGCACGCGAGGAGGGCUACGCGCAUCGAACGCCCCUUCAAAUUGCGCGCGAGAUGUUCUCGUACGCUGACGGCUGUACCAUGUCUGCAAAAAAAGACGGUCUCGUAAAUAUCGGUGGAUUCCUUGCAAUGAACAACGAAGAACUCGCGGAGAAGUGCCGGAGGGAACUUGUCAUAUCCGAGGGGUUUCUAACCUAUGGAGGACUCGCCGGAAGAGACCUUGAGGCCAUGGCUGUUGGAUUUCGCGAGGUGCUUAACGAGGACUAUCUCAGAUACCAAGUGGGUUUUGUCAAAUUGCUGGCAGAUAUGUUGAAAGAUCGCAAUAUCCCCGUGUUGACUCCCCCUGGGGGACAUGCAGUUUACAUCGAUGCUGCCGCAAUGUUAUCUCACAUCCCUAAAGAACAGUUUCCUGCUUGGGCCUUGGGAUGUGCGCUAUAUGUGGAAGGUAUGAUAUUAUCUAUACACUAAAAGGACGAAGGAUAGUUCGUCUAGACUCAUAAUGCGUCUUGUACCCGUCUUUAUACUCAUGACGUAUAACAAGACGAGCUACAAAUUUUUGCCCAAGUUCGUUAAGACGGAUAAUGGGGCUUUAGUAUAAAAACGGCCAUUUGGUGGGUCGGUGGGUCCAGGAAAAGAAAAAAUAACGGUCAUCAUGGGAAGGCUAUCUGUGCGUCAGUGGGCGCAUGCGUAUAAAAAACUACGAAAAAAUGUCGAUGGUUAGUAAAAACAGAAACAAAACUGAAGAUCAAAGCAACAUACAUACGGCAGAUAAGCAAUUUUAAAAAGGAAGCCAUCGACUGUGUAACCCUGGUUUAUCUGUUUACACCGUUUAGAAAUAAUUGUUCAAAACAAAAUUCAGCGUAUUUCCUCGUUUUUGCAACACUCGAAGGCUUUAUUAUAAUAAUUAACUGCUGCUUUCCGCGUCAAGACGAUUUUAGAGAAAGGGUGCAGGGGAUUCAGAAAAAUGUGCGCACCUCUUGGAAAUUCCUAGUUACGCCCCUGGUUAAAAAGAGUGGCGGGAAAAUCCCGCUUAAAAAAGAGAAUAUUAUUUUUGGGAAAGAAAAUUAACAUACUAAGCUAGGUUUGUUUUCACACGAGCUCUAUGAUCCUAUGAUAUAAUUUGGAAUGUAAACUAAGAUAUUGGUUAAUAAGCCUUUUAAAUUUUAUGUAUAUUUAUAAGAAGGUCUUUUCGUCAUAGGUGGAAUUCGUUGUGGUGAGUUAGGUGGGGUGAUGCAUGGGAAAGAUCCUGAAUUACCAGAGGAUGGCAACGAAUUUGAAGCAGACAGGGCGGAACUUCUCCGUCUUGCCAUUCCACGCCGGACAUAUACAGAAUCACACAUGAAGUAAGUAUCAGAUUUAAUCGUUUUAAUUCGAGAAUUCGAGAAGAUUUUAAAAGAUUUCUCCUAUUUUCGUUAUCUACGAGUUUGAAACCUACAAAUGGGUGAAAAAGGGCUGUUUAUGACAAAAUCAACGCCAUAUUUCAAGUCGUACCUUCUUUCUCUUGUUUCUCAGUAAUACUUUUAUGACUAUUUUCAUAACUGUUUAUUUAAUCUGUAAUCAUCCAUCCAUGCGUUACCCAUCAAAACCCCUACCAAUGCUCGCCUUUAACCUCGUUGGACCUUUGGACAAAGAAACUUUAGGGGUUUUAUGUUUUCAUACACACGUGUCAAGGCGUUUUCACUGAACAGUUUAUUUUCAGACAAAUUUUGGUGAGAAUUAAGAAAAUCUUUUUAGUCUCACAAACCAGUCUGCAAAACUUACAGACCUGAAAAUGGUACAUAGCAUUGGCGCUCCGAGCUAUGGGCUCGAGGGAUAACUCUAUUGAUAUCUAAACGGUUGAUCACUUUAUAGAUAUGUCGCUGAAGUCUUGGAGUAUGUUAAUACUAAGAAGAAGAUGGUCAGCGGAUAUAAGAUCACGUGGGCGCCUGCUGUAUUACGUCACUUCAGUGCUCAUCUAGAGCCCCUUCCCAUUCCCGUUCAGGAGGAAAAGGAUGACGAAAUUGACGAAAUCGAGGACUUUGCACCGCGCAUGCGUGGAAUGUCCUUCCGUCGACCAUCAUAUCAGUUCGUAUAG